AUGGAUCCCUCAGCACUCGAGAUACAUAUCGCUCUAACCCUGCUAUCAUAUCUCGAAGCUACUGACGUCUGUAGACACUGGAACGAACUCUUCUCCUCUCCCGACCUCCUCCGGGCCGCAAUCCGCAUCUACGGCUCCGCCUCUCGAGAAUAUCAAAUAAUAACCCGUCUAGAAAAGGACCUAGAAUCGGGAACUAGCACUGAUGAAUUGGCUCCCAAGUUAACCCCAGAGUACUACCAAUCCCUAUUUCGAAACUUUAGUAUCAGAACCCAACAUCUUAGAAAGGGAACACCGAUCCAGGAGAUACGAUUACCACUUCGGAAAAAUGCAUCAAAUAACUUCGUUUACGCCAUUGCAGAUGAUGUACUCGUAUACGUCAGUCCCAUGGCUGGGGGGCUUGAAGUGAUCUUUUGGAAUCAUGAUCUGGCAGAAUAUUCGAAUAUGAGAUUGGAAUUGGGGACUAAUAAUAUGGGAGCCCAGCCUUCUGCGUAUUCUGUCAGGAGGCUGAGAGUCUUUGAAGAUAUAUUGGUGAUCGAACAUACCAAGGAAGGGAAAUUGGAGAACGUAACUGGAUCGUUUUAUACCAGUGUCGUUCAGAUAUUUCGGUUGAUUUCUCCGUUUGCGAAGGUGGGCGUAGAACUGCAAGAUGAAGCGAAGCGGAAGGCUUCGUAUGAACAGUUAUCACUGUUCGAGACUUUUAAGUACAGACAUGUCAAUUAUACAGAGGGCAUCGUCAGCGACCAUUCAAGAACCCACUACGCAGCCCUCAGCAACCGCAGCAAUUCCCUCAGAGUCGGCCUUUUCGUCUGGGACAUCUUCACCGGAAAAAUGGUAUUCCGUUACGAACAAGAAGCCCUGGGUACCCGUGGCUUCACAGCCUCCCCUCUCGUCCCCGCAGACAAAGUAGUAAUGGUCGACGACUCCCACGUUCUCCUCAUAAAACCCGACUUAAGAAACGGUGUCAAAUUUCGAAAACACCCAGAAGAAGCAGCAGGGUUUAAAGUCUACAUCAAAACCCUUCCAAUCACUAUAGGAACGGUAUCAGAAGAAGGCGGGGCAGGAGAAGGAGAAGGAGAAGGAGAAGACGGUAUCAUAUCCGCUUCAGAAGAAGAUAUAAUCCAUUCAACCAUAACCCGUGAUAAAGACGACGAAAUGCUCCAAAGUUAUCACGAUUACAUCCAAUUCCGGGUCGUCCGGCAACGUGCUCCAAAACUCCACCAUCACGAUAACCCAAAAGUCAGUAUUUACUUAAACCUCUGGGGCAGAACUCGAAUCACCAAACUUGGGAAAGUUAGUCUAUCAAGAGACGAAGAAGAAUGGUCUCGUCGUCCAGUAGAACGUAACGAAAUCCACCAGUACGAACUCAUCACUUCACCACCACUCCCCGGACAAACAGGAUUAUCCCUCCCAGCUCCCGGAGAACUCCAAGUUCGGGCGAUAUACACCGCUAUAAAUGAUAAAUUACCUUCACAGGGAUUUCCAGACCCGGAUCCUAGUAUUCCAAAACCUUCAAUGUCAGAUAUCCCCAUCGACACAGACUCCGCUUUCUUUUUAAAUUCAAACGGAACAGACGCAUUAAGCUUCGAUAUGGUCUGGUCCGGCGGGAGUACCGAGUGUUUAGGUACAAGACUCAUGACUUUUUACUUCGGUAUCAGAAGCUUUCAAUUAACCGAAACUUCAAGCGCAAUGUUGAAAAGAGGUAGAGGCGAACCGCUAAGAUAUCAUUUGGACUAUUCGUCGUAUUUAAAAGUAUCGGGGGAACCGGAGGUACCGAGAGAAAUACCUUCAGUUCAAAGAAACGUGCUGGCUACCGCAAUGUCUCACCGUGGAACGAUGGUACCCUUCGAUGUUCAUGGGGAUGAAAGGAUGUCUAUUUAUACCGAACCGAGGCCGGAGAACGCUAUCGCGGACUUGGUGAUGUGUGUUUGGGGGUCUGAUGAGUUAAAGCUCGUUAAAUCAGGCUAG